UUCCAAGAUUGAUUUCAAAAUGUAAACAUUAGUGUUAUUGUUGACGAUAAAAGAUUAAAAUAAUGUUACGGUAGUUUAUGGUUAAUUUAUUCCCGAUCAGACAUACCCGAAUAAAAAAUCAACGUACUUAAACUGUUUUAUAUUAGCUAAUGUAUUUUAUUUACUUUUGGCCUGCAUAACUUACAUCGUCAAUAAAUUAUAGAAUAUUAAACAAAAUGAUGCUGGCGAAAGGAUUCUUCAGGUUAGGGUACAAGUUAUCCAUUCUCGGAGGAUCUUGGUACUACACGGCCAGAGCCGGCCUUUGGGGAGAAGCCACGCAGACAGAGCAGUUGUACAAUCAGGUUUGCCAACUGGCUAGCCUCGAUACACGAGAUGUGCAUGGGCAAUCAAGAGGACCAGACAUGCUACAGACUGUUAUGAAGGGUUGGAACUACGGUGUUCUUGUAAGCACUGAUCUUUUGAUUCACUUGCCCCCACGUCUCGGCGAGUGGGUCUACAGCAGAUACGAGCAACCGCAAGGUUCAUCCACCUUUGAGCCGUACAUAAUAGGUUAAUUCAUCGAGGCCCUUAAUUAUAUAAUUGGUGUUAUUUAACAAAUAAAGCCCCCAUUGAAUAAAUCGAUUUGAAU